UAAUGUCAUUUUACCCUGCGUACUAUUACCACAGCCUCAGUUUGCUUCUGUCCAGAAACGCGUCCCGCGUUUAGCUUGAAAGGAGGAGCUGUAGUCAUGUGAUGCAGCAAAGAACUGUAAGCAGAGAAUCUCUAGAGAGGAGAAUACCCACUUGAGAAUUUCUUCUCCUCUAAUAUCUUCUAAUUUUCUCAACACAAAACCAUAUCAGAUGUUUUAGUAUUGCGGGCAUACAUUUUUAAAGCUUUUAAACGUUUUAAACAUGCUCUAGCUGUAACUCCAGCAUCAGCUCACCCACAUCAUCAUACAAAAGCAGUAAUGUUAGCGCCUUUACUAACUAAAACCUGUAAAUUCUGUACAAAAACUGAAAUAUAUGUUAUUUUUUUGCUAUUUUAUCAAAAUAUAUCAUUCUACUUUCCAAAAUCCAAGAAAUGUCACGAAAUUUGAGUUUGUAUCCGUUUAACUCCAUUCACUUGUAUUAAUUUUGGACUCCCUCGCGGGCUCCCUCUAGUGGUGGCGGGGAUAGGAAGUGGGUAUGCUCGCCAUAAACCAACUUUGUUAUAGGACCUCAUUUCAAGCACUGAGAGUAAAACGGACAUUUUCAGACUGCUGCUACAGAAGCAAAUCAGCCAUACAGCCGUCUUUCUUAAGAUGGACACGCGUGGACGGAAGAAGGCCGUUUCAAAUGAAACAUCUGAGGCAAAUGUUCUACCACCACAGCAGAGUAAAGCAGUAUCGCCAACCGUCUUGCAAGACUUGCAGAUCAUGAAGAUGCAUCUUGAAACUGAAAAAGAAAAAAAUAAAUGUCUUCAGGAAACAAUAAAACAUCUUCAAUCUGACAAGGAAUUCCUUAAGGAGCAGCUUUCACGAAUGACAGGUAGACCAUCGUCAAGCCCUUCAGUGUCCAGUGUUUCAGGAUCAUCUACAGCCACUCCCAAAGUAAAAGGAAAGAAGGCUAUUGGAACAGAGGAAGAGUCAAGUGGUGAGAUAGCAGUUCUCUCCACAGAAUCAUCAACUAUCGAUGAAUCAUCUGAUGAGGAGAUGAAGCCUUUUUCGAAGGGGAAGAAACCAAGAUCAGCAAAGCAAGAUGACCUGAGUCGCACUCGAGCGAAAACUGUUCGUGGAGUAAUCCUGCGUUACAAGCGUGCCCUACAAGCCUUUAACCAGGGUGGGUCGAUGAAGAAGGCUUUCCAAAAAGUGGGAGUGGACCGCAACACCAUAUCCAGGUCAUCACCGAUUGCUGAGCUUGCUCUAGCGGCACCUGGUGUCUUUCAGGCUCUCCCCCCCUGGAAUGCCCAAGUGGAGAAGUUGUCAACAUUUGUGGACAGGUGUCGAGAGGCAACGACUGAUGAAAUCAAGGAAAAAAUCAUGCAAAUGAAAUCAUGUGGAGAACUGUUACCCAUGAGCAACUGAGGCAUAGUUCAGGAUUUAAUUUGUUCAGUUAAUUAAGUUAAGAAGUAUGGGUAACACUUUAUAAUAACUUUCAUUAAUAAGCUUUUAACUAAUGAUAAGUAAAUGUGAACAAAGCAUUAGUUAAUCAGAAUUUGAAUAUCAACAAAUGUUUACACAUGGCACUUAGUUUUCAGCAUGGAUAUUCAUAUUUAGAAAUGUUAACAAAUCAUCAGAAUUUGAACAUUAAUAAAUCACCUGACAAACCUGACAAAUGUUUAUCAAUUAAAGUUCAUGUUUCCAAAGUGUUCAUUAAUAUUUACAAAUAUGUUAGCCACUUUUUAGUUCCGUAAAAUGUGAAAAACAAUAGUUAUUAAUCAUUAGUUAAUGGUAUAUUAAUUAAAGUUAUUAUAAAGUGUUGCCUAAAUAUGUUCUUUUUGAAGGACAUAUUUUUUCAGCUUCUCCUGAAUUCUUGAAAAUGUUUUUUCAGGCAUAGUUCAGUAGUAAAAAUGUUCAGAUAAAAAUAAGUGUGUUCUUUUUGAAGGAGCAGAUUUUUUAUAUCCUUGUGAGUUCUAGAAUAUGUUUUGUCAUUAAUACUUACGCAUUGAAAAUGUUCAGAUAAUAAGUGAUUUCUUUUUGAAGGAGCAGGUUUUUUUAGAUUCUCUUAAAAACAGAAAAUGUAAAAUAUUAAUGGUUUUGGGUUAUAUGUUUGUAAACUCGCAUCUUUUUUGUAUACAUCCAUUAAGUAGAUUUGAUGUAAAAUGUAUGCAUUGUUAAUAAAUGCUACCCUUGUUUAAAGUACAAACUA